AAGAACAAAGUUACAAAAUCGGCCUAUAGAAAGGACAAGAUCUUCCUCUGAACUGUGGGAUUAGCACCGGUAUAGAAACCGAACUAUUACACUACCAGAUAUAUCAAGAAGCUGUGUGUGAGCAAGAUCAACUCAGAGCAGAAAGGGUCAGGACUGCUUGUCCUCGUAGCCACCUUGGUCUCUUUUGCGCUCUUGCUUGUUGUAGAAACCUCAACCCUGCAGAAGCCAGGUUGCUUGUUAAUCUACAAGUAGAAGGAUUUGAGGUUCUGGAAGACACGCACCUGGAUCUCGUUGGAGCUGAGUGUGCUUCAUAGGAUGGGAGAGGCCAGUAGUAGCUCUAGUCAUUCAAGGCAGGAUCCUUGUGUUCUUGGCAGCUAUGGCUUCCAUGGCGCCAUGGUCAACUUCGCGCCUACUGCAAACUUCUUUGACCAGGAAGGAGCUACCUAUUUUGGAGAGCUAGAAGAGGCUCUCAUGCAUCAGGUUGCCACACUCAGGAGGACUCAACAAGCAGCAACCACCUCCACAGCUCAUCAUGGAGACACCAUGCCCUUUGCCACUACUGCUACAGCUGCAACAGCAGCAGCUAGGCCACCUCCUACACUGGACAUCUUCCCGUCUUGGCCUAUGAGGUCUCUUCACACACCCAAGGAGGGUUCAAAUGCGACAGCAGAUAGCACAGACUCGGAAAGCAGCAGCAAGAACAACAGCGACCACAAGGCCUCUUCGGAUCAGCACGGAGCAGUAGCAAACAUGGCAAGCCAGUUUGAUCAAGUUUCACAGCAGCAACACAAGAAUACGGCAACAAGUUCCACUCAAAGGACUGACAAGACACUUGAUCCAAAGACAAUCAGAAGGCUUGCUCAGAACCGAGAAGCUGCACGCAAGAGCCGGCUGCGGAAGAAGGCUUACAUUCAGCAGCUUGAGAGUAGCAAGCUGAAGCUUGCUCAGAUGGAACAGGACAUGCAGCGGGCCCGUUCCCAGGGCCUCUUGCUUGGAGGAGCUCCAGGUGCAAACAACAGCUCAGGCGCCGCGAUGUUCGACAUGGAGUACGCCCGGUGGCUGGACGACCACGGCCGGCGCAUGGCCGAGCUGCACGGCGCCCUGCAUGCGCACUUGCCGGAUGGCGACCUUAGAGCCAUCCUCGACGACGCCCUGACGCACUACGACGAGCUGUUCCGUCUCAAGGCCAUGGCGGCCAAGUCAGACGUCUUCCACCUCAUCACCGGGAUGUGGGCGUCCCCGGCCGAGCGUUGCUUCCUCUGGAUGGGUGGAUUCAGGCCCUCCGAUCUGCUCAAGACACUGCUGCCCCAGCUAGAUCCCCUGACUGAACAGCAAGUGAUUGGAAUCUACAACCUUCGACAGUCAUCACAGCAGGCAGAGGAAGCUCUCUCCCAGGGCCUGGAGCAGCUGCAUCAGUCACUAGCUGACACAAUGGCCGGUGGAUCUAUGAUUGACGACGCCAACAUGAGCUUCAUGGGUCAAAUGGCCCUUGCCCUCGGCAAGCUGUCCAACCUUGAAGGUUUUGUAACACAGGCUGAUAACUUGAGGCAGCAGACUCUUCAUCAGAUGCACAGGAUUCUGACAGUUAGGCAGGCAGCUCGAUGUUUCUUGGCCAUUGGCGAGUACCACAACCGCCUUCGUGCCCUAAGUUCCCUCUGGGCUUCUCGUCCUCGAGAGAUACUGGUGACAGAUGAAGGCAAUUGUGGAGAACUAAGCAUUGCGGCACAACCAUCCCAAAACCAAUUUUCAGCCUUCUGAUUCACAAAUAUUGUGGAACUAACCUUCGACGUAGGAACAAGAGAAAACGACUGAGAAGAGAAGUUUUUUGGGAUGUAACUAGCAGAUAUCUGAGAGCCGUAUAAAUAUAUCAGGGGCAGUGUUUCUGACAAUGUGAAGAAUUUCCUGUGAAAUUGUUUAGUUCACU